AAAUUAACGUUAUACACAUUAGCAGUCUGUGCAGAAAUUCAUUCUUCAGAAAUGUGCGUAGUUCAUCACUUUUAUCAUUUUACACUAUAACAAAAGUCAGCUGACGUACAUACGUAAACAAAGGAUAUGUCAUUAUACCUGAAAGUUGUAAAUUAAUUAUUACAAACAGUUAAUUAUUUAUUUCUUAUUUAUUCAUAUAUAUAAAACGUCGUGAACUAAAAUGGACGUUGAUGGCGCCUCAGUACCUGGAGAAAUUGAUCAAAAUCUACUAUUACAAUUUAGUUGUAUGAAUACAACAGACAGAGAAGAACUUAUUAAACAAAUGCAGAAGCUUUUAGGACCUAGUCUGAAUUAUAAUACAGCUAGUUUCUUCUUAGAUAUGAGUAACUGGAAUUUGCAAGCUGCUAUAUGUUGCUAUUUAGAUUAUACAUCACCAAAGCUUCCUUCAAUGUCAGUAAAAGCAUCUGAAGGUCCAACUGGUAGUUUGGAACCUGGUGCACGUUUUGAUCAAAAUUGGAGUAUUGUCAACACGGGAACAGAACAAUGGCCAGGUUGUUGUAGAUUAAUACAAGCUGGUGGUGAACCUCUUGGCGCUACACCUGUUUAUUUACCACCCCUUCCUGUUGGACAUUCCACAACAGUUACAUUAAAAUUAGUAGCCCCUUCAACUUCUGGAACCCAUAAAAGCUUCUUUCAUUUAGUUACAGAUAAAGGCGAACAGAUAGGUGAUACACUUUGGGUUGAAGUCACAGUUGAAUCUGAGAUGACUAUGGCACUUGUCGAACAAUUAGCAGCACUUCCAGUGCCUAGCAGUCGAUUGGAAGAAUUGCUUACACAGGAGAAAAUCGUCGGACUUCCGCCCUCUACAGAACCGACUAAAAACCUCCUGUCGCUCAACAACCCACGUCCGAACCUCGCAUGAGACAGCACUUAUGAAAAGGCAAAGGGGGGGAAAGUGAAGAGACAUCUCUUCCACAAGACUCACCGCGCAUUAGGCAGCCUGGCUGCCUAGUGCGUCAGACGAAUAUAUGGCGUUGUAUGGAGUCCGCACACAUAAGCAGCCCGGAACUCUUGGCUACGGCAGCCGAUACAACGCCUCUGUUUCACGGCAGCCAGAGCGAGUGUUGGCGAAUGUAUGUUGCUGCUGUCAGUCCCCGCGCACUUGCUGUAGCAGCCACAUAUUCGUUUUGCCAAAUAUUAGUUAUAUGACACAGCAUGCUUGUACAAUCUCUUGUAUGUAAAAAAAACCGAUCUGGGUAUGUAUGAACAUCUUUAAAAUAGUUACAGAAUAAACCUUUUGAAUGCUGUUCUAGAAAAAGAGGAUGAAUCCAGUCUUUUCUUUGAUUGGUGUUUUUAAGAGAUAAAGUCCAAAUCGCUCGACGAAAAGAUCACAAAUGGCCGUCGAUUGGCUGCUCAAAUAUUCUGGCCGCUGCAGCCUGGCUGCUCAAAUAUUCCGGCCGCCGCAGCCAGGCUGCCUAGUGCGCAGGAUCUUUACUCUCCCCCUCGGGACGCCGGACCUGCGGUCGUCGGCGCCACGACCACCAGCCCUCUCGUUCGGCAAGCUAUCCGAAGCCCGCCUAGAUGGCGCCGGUUAGAACGGUUUAUUCCACGGAAUACCCCCGUUGGUUUAGAGCCAGCGUGGGUCGAAGAUAGCCGACCUUCAGUUACCCGGAUGGUCUUGCGUAAAACGCGCGCUAAGCAGCUUACACUUCGUUUUUUAGGCACCCCUCGCCAGUCCCCAGACCACCAUGUAAGGGGGACACGAAACGCUUAUAGAGGGCCAGGGCUUGGGCGAGAUCCGUCUGUCUGGCUCCCGCUCGAUAGCGGCGGGCUUGUGGGUCGUUUCCUAUUUUUUGCGACAAGGUCAUGGCGCCACCCCUUCCAGACGACGAGAGUGCUCCACCGUAUCCAAAACCACAAUGGUGGCACUCUGCCGUCGGCUCGGCUCCGAUCCGGUGCAGGAACUCACUGAAGCAACCAUGCCCAGUGAGCACAUGUGAGCUAGAAAGUGAGGCGUCCUGUGUCAUGAUUCACCCAAUCGUUCUUGAGCCUCAGUUGAUUGGCAGACAACAAAUGUUUGCUGUCCCCACCUAUAAGACAUCUCAUUAGUAUUUAUUCAAAAGGGUUUUAUGUUGAAUUAAUAUUUCUCACAUAAAAGCAUGGUUAAAUAAAAGUAAAGUUAGUAAGGGGAGCAUUUUUAAUUUUUACUUAUUGCACAGAUGGGUGAAUUAGUCCUUGGCCCUAAAUUCAAUCAUCACAACUAGGUUAUUGGCAACUCGACUUACACAUUGACACAUUGGUUGAGACUUUAAUUCUAAUAAAUAACGUCCCACAUUUCAAAUAGGAACAAUUGACUGCUUCGCGGAAGAAAUGAGAAAGAUGGCGGUACCUAAACUUGAGGUCCUAUAAGUGCGCCUUAUCAUCAGUAAAAAUUGUAAUAAAGUUUAUAUCUAAGAUAUUUUUUUCAUUACAUGAAUGACAAAAUAAUGAAUUUUUAUAUAAUUGUGACAUUACGAACUAACACAACUAAUACUGUUAGUCCAGUUAAUAUCCUUGAAUAUUUUUUUUAAAUGUGACUAUUUUUAUUUAACUUUUAAUUAUUUUUUUCAGACACAAUCACAAGACGAUCAAAUGUGUUGAAAGACUCUGGAAACUGGAAAUAUAACAUUGUAAAAUUAUCAUUAUCUAACAAUAAUAACAAAUAAUUUCUAUCCAAAUUUGCUUUAUAGGUUCUAUUUACAAUUUUUUGGAUCUUAAUUAGGUAGGUACUUAAAUUGGCUAGUAUUGUAUGUUACAAUUUUAAAAUUUAUUUGGUAGCCUUUUAUUCUAUUGAAUUACACAUGCAAUGUUUUUUGUUUUUAAUGAAAUAUUUGUAUUCUCAAUGAAAUCCGUUCAUACAAAACAAAAAGUUGAGUAAUUUUAAGAAUAGAAAAUUAUAUUAAUAAAAUUACAUAUUUGUUAGAUAUUGUUGAAAUUUUACAAUUUGUAGAAUUAAAAGUUAGUGACUUUGUUAAGAUAACUUAAUGUGAGGUUGUAAUGCCAUUUAAUAAUCAAGGGACGAUUUAUUUUAUAGUAUGAAAUGAUUAUAUAAAGACAACAAAUACAUUUUUUGCAACACA